UGGUCGCGCUUCUUCGCGCAGAUUUUGCCGCCAAUUUUACGAUAAUUGACAAAAAUUACGUGCUUGGAUCUGAUGAAAAUUUCGUUUUGUAAAUAGUCGUUGCGUGUGUAUGAUAAGCAAUAUUGAAUAUGAGUAGAGAUUAAAUGCAAAAUAAUUUUAAUUUUUAUUAAAUUAGAUGUAAAUAAUACGUAAUUUAACAUAGUGAUAGUGUGUGAAAUAUAUAAUUACUAAAAUAUGGCAUAUAAAACACAAACUUAAAUAUAACGAUGAACGAAAAACUUCAAAAUCAUUUCAAAGUGAGAAAUAAAGUAUGAAGUAAUGUUGAUAAUUGACAAUGUGAAAGUACAGUGUGUGAUUCUGAAAUGAAUAGAUUUGACAAUACGUCUAAACUGGAUAAAGAUGACGAUAGAGAUGCUAGAGGGAAUUGUACGAAGCAAAAUAAAAUAUUGGAAUUGGACCUGGAUUACCUGGAGCGAGGUGGUGGGGGUACCCUGACAGUGGGAGGGGCUCCCAGCCUGGAGCCAAGUCCUGACAGCCUUGACCUCGUCAAAGUGGUGUUGCUCGGAGCACCCGCUGUGGGAAAAACUAGCAUUAUACAGCAAUUCGUGUGGAGCGAUUUCUCAGAGGAAUACGUGCCGACAGAUCGAAAACACACCUUUUACCCUUCGGUGAUCAUCAACGAGCAUCUUUACGAAGUUAAAAUCACAGAUGUACCAGUAAUACCGUACUUUCCGAUAAACUCUUACUACGAAUGGGCUCACUACCGUUUUUAUGGGCUCAGAAGUGCUACUGCCUAUAUUCUAGUCUUUGACUUGUCUAAUGUGGAAACUUUCCAGUAUAUACGAACUUUGAGAGACCAAAUGGUUGAAAGUCGGGACAUGAGGAACGUUCCAGUGUUAGUAGUGGGCAAUAAACAGGAUCUUCUGUGUAGUAACACUCCGUCUGCCGCCAGUGGACUUCAGCAACUCGCUAUAGCAGAAAGUGCUUGCGGAGACUCAAGAGAGAAGAGAAGAAAUAUCGUGAAUUUAGUUCGUAAGCACUGGAAGUGUGGUUACGUGGAGUGUUCAGCUAAGUACAAUUGGAGAGUGAUAGCUGUGUUUAAGGAACUCAUGGAAAUGAUUGACGCUCUCGAGUGGAGUGGUGGUGGAAGAAGCUCGGAGCCACCUCCGGACACCUCAGCCGGUGGGAGUACCCACGAAAAUCGGUGCGUGAUUGCUUAGCACGAUUAAUUUCUUAAACGUUUAAGCCUCGAUUAUUCUAAUUGAACCGAAAAAACGGGUCUCCAAUGAAGUCCUUUACGAGAUUACUUUGGGCCAUAAAUCUUUGUUUAUCUAAUCCCUUUUAAUUAAGUAACGGAGGCUGCGCAGUCCUGACGGGGUUUUCAUCUAUUUUAAGGUUAUAUAAUAAUCGACCAUUUUGGUUCGAGGUCUAAGAAAGUUCUGCUCCUUCAUCAGUUUAGAAACUUGCACUUGUAAAAGUUUUGCUGGCGUGGCUUCAUUUGUGGAAAUCCAAUCUAGGCCUCGUUAAUUUGGUCCAUAUUUUAUGUCAAUUUGGAAAAUUUUGAUGCGAUGGCUUUUCUGAAGUUUUCCAUUUUUAUAGCUCUUCAAUCCUUUGCUUGUUUGUUUUUUCACUAUCGCAUUUGAGAACAGCGAACAGGAUAAUAGUUUCUUUGUUGACAUCAAAGUUAUUGUUUUUUUGGUUCUAUUAAAAUAAUCGAGAGCCGUAUGUCUCAACGCACAGAACUUAGAAGUAAAGAAAGCUGUUAAUAAGCGAAUGUUUAAAUGUUUCCCAAUGGUUGUAGUUAAUAUUGUUGCGUAAUUACAUAUUCCGAUUGCUGAUACCAAUAAUACGUUUAAUUAUGUAUUCGUUUAAUUAGUAAUUUAUGAAGUUAUUGAUCAAUUCCCCAAUUUUAAUGAAUAAUUAAUUGCAUGUUGAUCCGUACUCGAAUGAUUGCAGAGUUCAAAUUGAGUGUUUUUGCAAAUUAUCUUUAUUGGAUAAAAUUUUAUAUUGGUACAUAGGAUCCAGUCUCAUUUGGUGAUUCAUUGAUGAUUAAAUAUUGAACUCAUGUUGAAAUGUCUCAAUUAAGUCAUUUUAUUAUUCUUUAGACACUGUUUUCAGAGUACAAGCUUACAAUUGAUUUUCUAAAAAGUCCUUAAAAGCCAUUAUUUCUAGAUCGACAUCAGAAUUAAAAAGGCUCUUUCGAAUGUAGCAUUAUUUACCGAUUAAACACUGGAAAACACCAUUUAUAUUGGCUUUCACGAUAGAGUGACACAAAUGUUACGUCUACAUCAUGAAACGAAAUUGAUAUUGGUAAAAACAGAUUAAACAGAAUUUGCAAUUAUUUGCUUUGUUCGCGACCCUGUUCAUCAAAAUGGACGGACAUAUUAUAUCAGACUAUUUAUAUAAUAAAGUACACAUUAGCGGUUUGGUUUUUAGUUCCUGAAAUAAUUUGUUCAUCGAUAAAAUUAUGGUUUGGUAGACCAAAAUAUCAUCAUCAGCCUAGCCAUUUACCAAACUAUGUUAGGGUCAGCUUCCCAGUAACCCAACACCCCUUGGUAAGACUGGUUGUCAGACUUACUGGCUUCUAACGACUGCCAAAGACGUUCGAUGACAGCCGGGACCUACUACUUUUACUUACUUUUGGUAGACUGAGAUAAUAAGCAUUGAUAAAUUAAUCAUCUUAAAUUCUCUUCUUUGUUUAAUGAUUUUAUGUUAUCAACAUUUUAAUUCCAUCUGCCCACGAUUCGCCCUUCUAACAAUAUGUAAGCUUUAAAACUUAUAUUCGUGUAUUAAAUUUAUUUCAGGGUACUUUUACACUUUUCUACUAACACUUCUACGUCUAGUUACUGUUAGAAUACCUGUAAUUAUAUACGUUGUGAAUAUUGUGUGUACAAUGAUAGACUAAAGCCGCAUUCCCAAUAUUCAACUGAUCUUACUCGAAAUUGGAAUUUGACCGUGCUUGUAUGGGAAUAAGGCUGCAGUUCCACUGAGGCGGAG